UUUGGGAGAUCAUGAGCCAGUUGAUUUUUUAGUACCUCCGCCAGCUCCACCUGGUCAACAAAACAAAAAAAUUCACAGAUCUGUAACACCAUAUCAAUUUCCGCCUCCUCCAACAAUUACUCCCGAAAUUUAUAAUAGUCAAACGGACCCUCCAGGUUUAAUGCAAAGGGUAGCCAGAUGGUUUGGUUUUGGGGGUGGUGGCUAUGUUAAUACGUUAAACAAUAUUUCACCAGAAAGAGCGAAAGAUUCUGUUAUUCAACAAACUUCUAUUCAGCCGCAAGUUACGCAACAGCAGCAAAUACAAAAUUUACAAACGGCUGAAAUAUCUACUAUAUCUCAACAAGUUCAACAACAUCAUCAACAACAACAACAAAAGUUGCAACACCAGGUUCAAUUAAACCAAAAACAGCAAAUAACACAAAACCAAAAUGAACAGCAGCAGCAGGUUCCACAAGCAAGUUAUUAUCAACCUCAGUAUAAAGAAAAUCCUUUGAAUUCAGCAUCAGGGCCGUAUCAUUAUAAUCGACCUAAAGCAAAUUGUAAUCCGUGCAACAAAAUUCCAUGGAUUCCAAUGUGGCCCGGAAAUAUUCCUAUUUUACCAGGUCAUAUCCAUAACCGGCCUCAACUACCAUCAGCUUUUCCCUCUGGAACUGUAAAUCAAUUUGUCACAACACCAAACCCACAUACUCAAAAUAUACCACAUUCCCUCGGCGAACCAUCAAGUCCAAUACCAUCUAAUCAAGGUCAAUUAUAUUCACAACACUUCCAAAGAAACCCACAGCAUCCAUUUUCAUCACAAUUUGAUAAUCGACCUGAAAAUCAAUUAAGAGCUGUUAGAUUUAAUAAUGCAAUUUCGAAUCUGCAAUUAAUACCUCCCCCACAUUUGUCUAUUCCCCCUAUACCAGUGCCUAAUUUAAGUGCUGUUCCUUUACCACCAUUAUAUAACGCACAAAAUUUUAAAGAUUCUGGAAUCUCUUCUCAAGAAUCUAAUAACGUUCCAUAUAUUGAUCAUGUUGAAGAACCUUCAGAAUUGCAACCUGUUACGCCAACUCAAGUCUCACCGAAUAACUUCAAUGGGCAGCGACAACUCAGUUCACAAAUAUAUCAGCAGCAGCCAAUAAAUUUUAAUAAUGGCCAAUUUGAAAUUAUAAAAAGUGUUCCGGUAGCUGAUUUUAUUUCAUCUAUUGAAUAUCCCGUCAAGCUAACUGAGUCCAAAAUUAUAGAUUUGUCGAAAGAUAAUAGACACUCACAAAGUUCUGAUGGUUUCAAUAAGAUUAAUUACAAUAAAGAAAACGAAACUCCAAAAUUAAUAGAAUUAGGAAGUAUUGAUAACACAAACACAUAUGCAACUGAAGCUACAACUAACAUUCAGCAUGUUUCGCAGCCAUCAAAUAAUUUGGUUUCACAGUCACUAUUACAGUCAAAUAAAAUUCAAAACACUGAAUUUGAAAAGAACGACUCAACUAAACAAUAUUUCCACGAACAAAGUUUGAGAAAUCAAGAAAGCCAUAAAACAGGCAAUCGACAGCAAAGCUCGCAUCCUGAAAUUUUGUCUAAUUUUAUUCAACCACCGGAACAAUUUGAUUUUGUCGGUCCAAGUACUUCUUUACUGCCACCAAUAAGAACAGAUCCACCGGAUUUUCUGUCAUCGCCGAUUAUUGUACAUAAUACACAUGAACCAAACGAUAAUUAUCCCGAAGCAUCUUCUCAUAAUUUAACAGUAAAAAAUGAGAAUUUUUUGGAAAAUAAUUAUAUUCAAGGACCAACCCUAUUACCGGAACUGGAAUCAAUAUUUACAACCACGUCAUCUAUUCCAGUUCAUUUAUUUCAAGAUAAUCUUAGUGUUAGACCAACGGAACCUGCACCAUCAUUUGAUAUUAUACCCUCUCUAGAAACAGCUUCUGAAUAUCCUGACUUAUUCAAGGAUUACAUACAAAAAACUAAACAAACCACAACUCAAGCACCAGUUUUGUAUAAUCAUAAUGAUGAUAUUUUCCCAGGAAAACCCUUUACUAAGGAUAACGAUGAUACAAGAAAUAAUAAUAAUAUAACACCUUGGUUUCUUCAACCAACCCCAACCUCAACUUAUAGUUCACUAGAUGCUAGUGGAAAAUAUGCUGGGAUGUCACCUCCUUCAGAGUUUCAACCACCCUUAAUAAAAUUUAAUGAAUACACAAUAGACAAACGACCUAAACAAAUUCAACAGUUAAUAAUACCAUAUACUACAAAAAUUAAACCAAGACCUUUCAAGUUAAGAGAACAACAAAUCCAACAACAACGAAUUCAACAACAACAACUUCAAGAGCAACAACAAAUUCAGCAACAACAAAUUCAGCAACAACAAAUUCAACAACACCAAAUUCACCCAUUACAAGGAAAUAAAAAACAAGAAGAUCAGCAGUUUCCAUUACAAUAUGAAAAUUUAGAUAAUCGUUAUUCAAAUUGGUCAAGUUCCCAUGAACAUCAAGAAAUUCAUGAUCAACAGGAAUCAAAACUUGUUCCGGCCACUCAAACAACAGAAGAACCAACACGAAAAACUACAAAGUACUUAACUAAAAUUUUGGCCUCAAAUAUCCGAGAGUUAUUACGCAGAGAACAAGCAAAACGAAAUAAAACUACUAUUGAUAACAACAUAUCGGAUUCAAGCGAGGCAAACAACUUAAAACAUCUUCAAAAGAAUAUUGAUGAUUGGACUGAACAAGAAUACACAUCUUUAAAACAUAAAGCUAGUACCGUAUCUAUACAGAAACCUUCUAAAAAUAUUCCAAAUGAAUAUCUUACAACAACUCAGUCAUACAAUGAUAUCGAAAACAAAGAAAAAAUUGGUGCUACAAUUCAAACACCAUCAACAUCCACCAUGUCAAUUAUGAAGCCAAUGAGGACAUCAUUGAUGAUGAAUCCGAAAGAUGAUUUUAUGGCACACCUAGAAGAUAAUAGUGUUUUUAAUGUUGUUACAAAUAAUAAAAAUCGAUUAGAAGUUUAUACCAAAAGUUAUAUGAAAAAUAGAAUUUCAACAUCAACUAUACCACCAAUAUCGGAUAAUCGCACACCAUUUAUAUCUUCAUCAACAAUAUCACCAACUUCAACAUCAACUAUGUCACCAGUAGUUACCACCAGUACAACAACAUUUAGAACAUCAACAUCAGCAACACCAUUUUAUUAUAGAAAUGCCAUGCAUCCGACAAAACCUUCAAGUGAAAAGGAGCCUUGGCAAAAACUAAAAGUUUCUAUAUCACCACUAACAAAUGAAAAAGUAUAUGUUGUGACACCAGUUCCAAAAUUUCAAACAAAAUCAACAACCCCAAUUGAUGGUAUUGGCACAUUUAAAUCACCAAGAUUUAUUGUAAGGCCAGCACCAGUUUCAAAUAAUAACAGUAAUAAUACUAACAGCAGUAUUGCCAAUAAUUUAGAAAGUGCCACAGAAACCAGCAAUAGCAUAGAUCAAAUUGAACAUAUGAAUACAGAAAAAACAUUUCAUAAGCCAUACACACCGGAACUAUUUGGUUUGAUGGGAAUUUCAGCAUUUGUUCCCGAUGAGCCAGCUGAUAUUCUGGAUGGACAUUCUAGAGUAAUAACAGUAGUAACGCCAACACCUCACAAUAAAAAAAGGUCAAUUAAAUAUUUGGAAUUGAAAAGAACAACAGCGGCAAGAGUUUUACCAUUGUUAACAGGAAAUAGUUAGGAUUUUUAAAAUAUAGUUAAUUAAAUUUUUUUUUAUUUUAAAUAUUAAUUUAAAUUAUAA